AUGGCUGGCCUGAACGUCUCCAUUGCUUUCUUUUUCCUGGUUAUUGGGGUGUGUCAGGCCCUCAGGUGGCUUUCCAAGAGGCUUCUGUCUCCUGGAGCAUACGUCUGCCUUGCCAGAGAACUUGCUGGCUCGCUGCAGUUGUGCACGAGCUGCCUUGAGCUGAGGAUGCUGGCGGAGAUCGGCAUGUGGGGUGGUGGCUUUGGCCCAGACGUGGUCCUGACUCUGCUCUUCCUCCUCUUCGUGCUUCACGGCGCUUCUUUCGAUGGAGCAUCCGCCAACCCGACCGUCUCUCUCCAGGAGUUCCUGCUCCUCGAGUCCAACCUCGCAGCCACUGCUGCCAAGCUGCUGGCCCAGGGUGCGGGCACAGGGAUGGGUUGGGCUGUCACCAAGCUCUACUGGUCCUGGGAGCUGACUCAUUUCCACCUCAUCCAGAACCUGAUAGCGUCAGAGUGCAGCUCCUCCAUCCACACGUCUCUGCACCACGCCGCCUUUGUGGAAGGCACCUGCUCUUUCCUUCUCCACCUUGUCCUUCUCAAGUUGCGACAGAGUCGCCCAAUGUACCAGGUCCCUGCCCUGGCUGCGACUGUCACCUUCCUGACCUACACAGCCGAACAGUUCACGGGGGCCUUCUUCAACCCUGCUCUGGCCAUGGCCACCACCUUCCGCUGCUCGGGGAACAGCUUUUGGGAUUACAUCCAGGUUUACUGGCUGGGGCCCCUCGCAGGGAUGCUCGCUGCCCUCCUGCUGUACCAAGGCAACAUCCCACGGCUCUUCCGCAAAAACCUCCUCUACAGCCAGAAGAGCAAAUACAAGAUACCCAAGGCAAGGGUGGUGGCGCACGUGGAGGGCGAGGAACUGCGGCGGAAGAGGAAAGGGGAGAAGAACGACUCUGAGCCUCAUGCCUGA